AUGCCGAUGAAGAUUCUUGUACGAAAGUUUGCGAACAUUGUACGACAUCGUCAUCAAGCAAAAGUAGCUCCGACAGCCAGCUCGGCAAAUAAUCAGGUGAUUUUCACCACCUCUCACCCCCAACCCACAGCCCCCACCACCACACAACCAACCACCUCCCUCCUUCUCCGAUAUCCAACAUCUACGUCUCCAAGCAGCAGGAUGCCGCGCCUUUCGCUCACGUUCUUCACUGGCCUGGUGGCUCUGCAGUCCGCGGCAGGUGCCUCUCUCCGCUCCAGCAACGGUGCUGCGGCAGCCGACGGCCGGCGCCUUCAGGAGGGGCUCUGCAACUCGAUCGGCUGCCCGGGCGGAUACACCCCCAUCCCCAACGCCUGGGAGGUUGAGUGCGGCGACUCGUGCGAUGUCGCUACGUGCUGCGAAGCCUUCUGCAGCUACCACGCGUGCCCCGACAGCUACAUCCCAAUCGAGGACGCCGGCACGACCCGUUGCGACAACGACAACUGCACCACCGAGCAGUGUUGCGUUUCUGGUAACACGGGAGAGGGCCAGCCCCCGGUAGGCGUGGUGUACUGCAACUCGAUCGGCUGCCCGGGCGGAUACACCCCCAUCCCCAACGCCUGGGAGGUGGAGUGCUCUGGCGACUCGUGCGAGGUCUCCCAGUGCUGCGAGGCCUACUGCAGCUACUACGCGUGCCCCGACAGCUACAUCCCCAUCGAGGACGCCGGCACGACCCGUUGCACCAACGACGACUGCACCAGCGAGCAGUGCUGCGUUUCUGGCAACACGGGAGAGGGCCAGCCCCCGGUAGGCGUGGUGUACUGCAACUCGAUCGGCUGCCCGGGCGGAUACACCCCCAUCCCCAACGCCUGGGAGGUGGAGUGCUCCGGCGACUGCGAUGUCGGCCAGUGCUGCGAGGCCUACUGCAGCUACCACGCGUGCCCCGACAACUACAUCCCCAUCGAGGACGCCGGCACGACCCGUUGCACCAACGACGACUGCACCACCGAAGAGUGCUGCGUGUUCCACUAAGGGACGGCAGUCGGCGGCCUCGUUCGCGCCAUGGUCGUACAGGCACCGUAACGACCACGUAGUACGUGUACUACCGAAUGUCAACACUACUCUGUAAUCCGGUCAUCUUGUAGUAGCGUUUAGAAGGCUUUGGCGUGGAUUUGUCCGUGUUCGUUGCCCUGUUCUCUGGACGUGACGUGAAACCUCGGUGUGAUGUGGUGAUGUGGUGGCUGGCGCAGAUCGUCUGCGGGAGAACGAUAGUAGUGAUGUCGGGUGAGUUUCAGCAGGGAUGGAACGGGACGCCAUGCCGGCACAAAUUUUAUUUUGGUUAUCUGGUUGUUCGUGGAUAUAGAAAAGCUUCUUUCUCUUUACAUUAUUUGCACGUGAUACCGCUGUGACGUUGUUGGGUGGUAAGCGAAGAUUUUGUGGGAGAAAGAGAACCCAUUAGUGGAAGUGACGAUGAGCUUCAGCAGGGAUCAAGACACCCAUGCCUGCCUCUUGUUGGCCUAGAUUUUUCGUGUUGUUGGACACCAAAAAACCUGCACGCAUGCUUGCUUUGUAUCCUGAGCUUCCUUGGAAAAGCAGUGAUCCCACCUGCAAUUUGAAGACGAGAUGAGUCACGAUAGAAACUUUUGGUCGAGUUUUUUUUUUUCUCUUGUGACCCGGAUAGGGUUAGGGUUGUGUCUUCUCCAGAUGCCGCAAGGUGAAAUUAAUACAAAAACGUCC